AUGCUCCCCCAUUUAGCAGCCGCCGUUAUAUUGGGCACGAGUUUGGUUCUCGGCUCAGCCAUAUCCAGAAAAUUGAAGAGAGAUGACACUCUUCCAACUGUGGCUCUCAACUAUUCUACCGUGCAAGCUGCAAGCUCUGCUUCGAAUGGAGCAGGUACCUACUAUUCCUUUAAAAACAUACGAUAUGCCGCGCCCCCUGUUGGCGACUUGAGAUGGGCCGCUCCACAAGACCCGGAGGUCGAGAUGAUAGUCAACAAUGGUACUUGGUCAACUGAAGGCACUGGAGGCUGUUCAACUGCCGAAGAUUGCCUUUUCCUUGAUGUUUACGUCCCUGAAACUGCUCUGAACGGUGGACAGAAACUGCCAGUGCUUUUUUGGAACUAUGGCGGUGGCUGGGUUGGUGGAAAUAAGGACGUAUCUCCCGGUGGCCUUUUCAACGUGUCGAAUAACGGUCUUAUCAUUGUUGCAUACAACUAUCGGCGGAAUGGCGGCGUCAGUAACGUAGCUAUUUGGGAUGCUCAUAAAGCCAUGGAAUGGACUUAUCAGUAUAUCUCACGAUUCGGAGGAGAUCCUGAGCAGAUCACCAACUGGGGCUUUUCCGCUGGUGCUUCUCAAGUUACCUUUGGUGGACACGCUUGGACUCCUCGGUUCAAGCGAGCCAUGAUCAACUCUCCUGGUUGGGUACCUGAUGCUGGGCACGCCGGUGCUGAAAGAUACCUGCAAAACGUAACGGAGCUGGUCGACUGCCCUUGGAAUGACGCAGCCACAAUGUCAUGCCUGCGAAAUGUCAGCUUCGCUACUCUACUAGCCGCAAGCAACAAUAUAACCGAUACAUACUCGUAUCAGAUGCAACCUCGUCCUGACGGAGUAGUUCUACCAGACACCUCGGAAUACCUACUCUCUAUUGGGCAAUUCCACAAGAAUGUUACUGUCAUGAUCGGUCACUCUUCUAAUGAAAGCACACCUACCCUCUCUGCAUCACUCUCAAGCGAAGACGAGUUGCGAGCGGAACUCAAGACGAUUUUCCCGACCAUCUCAACUUGGGCAGUCGACCAAGCCAUCGCAUUGUACCCCCUCUUGCCUGCCACGCUGGCAUACGGGAAUGUCACAUACAAUUACAUCUCAAACCUCGGUUCUGCGGGCCAUGGUUCUGAACAGUCUUACUUCUGGUACGACGCGUCACCUUCCGAUUCUUCCUCGUCUUCGUCAGGUACCGCGAUGAGCGGUGCAUCGUCUACAAGCAAUCAAACAAAUACAGCUGCAGCAGCCUCAAGCUCCUCUUCUGGAUAUUCUUCCUCCUCAUCAGGGAGUGGCUUUGUCGGCAACACAGGAGGCUCUACCGGUAGUACAUCGACUUCCGCAAACGAGGCAUGGCUAGCUAAACAGAUGCAAGAAUGGAUCAUUUCUUUUGUGACCACUGGAGAUCCGAACGAGCUCUUCGGAAGUAAUGCUGCUUCCACUAAUCAAAAUGGAACCACCAUCAAUUAUUGGCCACAAUACGGCGCCAACAGCUCAGUGGUAGCAUUCGGUGACAGCGGAUUCUCCAUUGUAGGAGAUGAGCUCGAUAAUGAGCAGGUCACCUGGUGGAACAAGGCCUUGUGGUAUUGA